GGGGGGCGAAUUUCAUGAGAAAUCACAUCCACGGGCAAAUCCUGGUUUCAACAUGGGGCUGUGCUACAGCCUGCGUCCCCGGCUCUUCGGGGACCUGAGCGGCUCGAUCUCCAACGCCACCUCGGACUCGGACCAGCCUCCGGACGCCGCCGUGCCGAGCCGCGCCGGGGGAGCUCGCCCGGAGGACGCCGCGGGAUGCGCGGACACCUCGGCGCUGCGCCCGGGGGACCCUGCCCGGCUGCCGGCCGGGGAGCACCGCCGCGGAGACACCGGCGCCGACGGUGCGCUCAUACAGAACGGAGGAGGCGGCGGCGGCGGCGGCAAGGGGACCGGGAAGGACCGCGGCCGACGCUUGCAGCUGCUGCAGAAGACGAGCGCGCAGAAGCAGAAGAACUGGGACAAGCUGCUGGUGGAGGAGAAGGAGGCCGAGAAGGAGGCGAAGAAAGUCAGCAAGAGCAUUGACCGGGCGCUGAAGGAGCUGAAGCGGGAGUACAAACAGACGCAUCGGCUGCUGCUGCUCGGUGCGGGAGAGUCCGGAAAGAGCACCAUCGUGAAGCAGAUGAGGAUUCUACACGUCAACGGCUUCAACGCGGAAGAAAAGAAACAGAAAAUCCAAGAUAUUCGGAAAAACGUGAAGGAUGCCAUAGUGACUAUAGUGUCUGCGAUGAGCACUUUAAUACCCCCUGUCCCGCUAGCCAACCCAGAGGACCAAUUCAGAAUCGAAUACAUCAAAAGCAUAGCACCUCUCUCUGACUUUGACUAUUCACAGGAGUUCUUUGAUCAUGCAAAGAAGCUGUGGGAUGACGAAGGAGUGAAGGCAUGCUUCGAGAGGUCCAAUGAGUACCAGCUCAUCGACUGCGCACAAUAUUUCCUGGACAGAAUUGACUCUGUAAGACAGAGCGAAUACACACCAACGGACCAGGACCUGUUACGCUGCCGAGUGUUAACUUCAGGGAUUUUUGAAACGAGGUUCCAAGUAGACAAAGUGAACUUUCACAUGUUUGAUGUUGGGGGCCAGAGAGAUGAAAGGAGAAAAUGGAUCCAGUGCUUUAAUGACGUCACUGCUAUCAUCUUCGUGGUGGCCAGCAGCAGCUACAACAUGGUAAUAAGGGAAGACAAUAACACCAACAGGCUACGGGAAGCCCUGGACCUCUUCCGCAGUAUUUGGAACAACAGAUGGUUACGCACUAUAUCGGUCAUAUUAUUCCUGAACAAGCAGGACAUGCUGGCUGAGAAAGUAUUAGCUGGAAAAUCCAAAAUUGAAGACUACUUCCCUGAAUAUGCUCGCUACACCAUACCAAAUGAAGCAACUCCCGAACCUGGUGAAGACCCGAGAGUGACGAGAGCUAAGUUCUUCAUCCGAGACGAGUUUCUCCGGAUCAGCACUGCGAGCGGCGACGGCAGACACUACUGCUACCCCCACUUCACCUGUGCCGUGGACACGGAGAACAUCCGGCGGGUGUUCAACGACUGCCGGGACAUCAUCCAGAGAAUGCACCUGCGGCAGUACGAACUCUUGUGAUGGGAGACCGCCUCCGUCAGCCUUUUCUGUGUUACUUUUUUCCUCCGCCAUUGUGCAUCCUUGACGAACCCUUCCUCCUCCUCUUACUGCUCCUCCUCUUCCUCUUCCUACUCCUCACCUUGAACCUUCACCCUUCUCCCUUCCCCCCCAAAGAAACCCCCUCAACGACCCCCGACCACCCCUCCUGUCGAGGACUAUGAAGUACUACUGAAGUGUGUCAAAUACUCUUCCUCUUCUUAACUUCUUAGCUUUUUGUACUUGUUUUUUUUCUUUUUCUCUGAGACCGAUUUAUCCCCAUUUCACCGAUGUUAAAGGAAGGCUGGGGAACAAAGUUGUUGUGUGCCGCUUCUUUUUUCUUUCUUUUUUUUCUCUUUUACUCGUUCCUUUCAAAUGCCUUGAUUUUUGUCAUUCCACUAAGCCUUGGGCUACCUCCUUAUUCUUUUUUUUCUUCUUCUUUUUUUUUUUUGCCCCUUCGUGUCCUUCUGUUUUUAGUUUUUUUUGGCUUUGUCAUUGAACCUGGACUGGUGGGUGUGGAAACAUAAGAACACACCUACAGGACCUCAGUGUAGAGGCAGUGUGUGUGUGUGUUAACGUGUGUGCGCGUGGUGACGAGUAGGAGGAACGCCGGGCGAGUGAGCGCAUGUGUGUUGAUGUUCGUGUGUCACUUGCUGGAUAAAUGCCGGCAUCACCACCAUGACCUUUGGCCCCGUUUUUGUUUUAUUUCUUCCUCUUUUCUUUUUUUCCUUUUUUUUUUUUUUUUGUGGCCUCCUCCAACCUGCUUCUUCUUCUCUCCGCGUGGAAAAACGACUGGACGCCGAAGAAGAAACCGGAGAGGACAAGGGGAGUGGGAGGGGGAGUGGGAGGAGGGGGACAGAGUGGACGAAGAGAUAAAUGCACUUUGCAUCAGGUUCCUUAAUAACUUUUUUUUAAUUUUUUUUUUUUAUGUUGUUGUUGUUGUUUUUUCUCCAGAGGAAGCAUACACACAAUGUAGCAUCACAAAAUAUUUAUUACCCUGUCACGACGUUAGCUUGCCCGAGCUGCAGGGUGGACCGAGCGGCCGAGAGACAUGUGGAGCGAGAGAUUAUAUACGACAGAAAUAUACGAUGACGGCGCGAAGGAAGAAGAAGAAGAAGAAGAAGGAUUUAAAUGAAGGAAAGGGGACUGAGCUCUGUGCACCUUAGCCCUGCUGCCUCCACGGACUCGGACCUGCCUCCUUUUUCCACACAAACCAUCCUUUUGGCUUAGAGAUACUGAUGGGAGGGCGGGGAGGGGACGGGAGAGAUAACAAAUAAUGUAAUGUUCUUAUUUUUUUUUCUUUUUUGUUUUUUUGGUAACUUGUACACAGUGCAAGGUCGAAUUAUCCUGUACAGACUGUAAAAUGUAAUAUUAUUUUGUACAACUUAAUUGAAAGAAAAACAAAUCUACUUGUAGAUCUUUGUGCCUUGAUUAUGGCUGUACCUGUAAAUGAGCUCAGAUGUAAGUAUGUUUUCGACUGCGCUGUACAGCUUGAUGUCAAACUCUAUCGGCAGCGGAAGACUGCGGGUAGGGGACUUUCUCUGUAGAGUUUAGUUUUUUCUGGUUUAUAAAAAAAAAGAAAGAAGAGGAAAUGCUGUUUAGUAAAAAAUAAAAAAUAGGGAAAAAAUCCUAAAAACCUGUAUACAUUAUGCAAAUUAACCACUUACCUGCAGUGAAGACCAGAUGUUGCAGCGCCAUGCCUUUUUUUUUCUUUUCUUUUCUUUUAUCCUCCUUUUUUCUUUUCUUUUAUUAUUAUUAUUCUUUUUGGUUUUUUUGGGGGUUUUUUUGAAUUUCACAGCUUUAAACAAAACAUUGGAAAUCCAUUGAAAGUGUCCAAAUUGCAACCUGGUGUUGUUUUAAUAGGAACCAACGUUUUUUCGAUAUGAAGUGUGUCUGAGAUCUGUACUGAUGUGCGUGCCUGUGCGCAUGUGUACAUAAAACAAACAUAGACUCACAGACGCAGUGUGUGUGCGUGCGUGCGUGCGAGCGUGUGAGGGGGCGAGUGUGCGUUGUGUGUGCGUGUGUAAAAUUUUAUAAAUGUAUGUACAUGUAAAUUUAUAGGUCUAUAUAAAUAUAUAUGUACAAUUAUACAUGUUUAAUUAUGUGUGUGCCUAGGUGUACAUACCUAAUGUAUGUAUACGGUAAAUAUGUAUACAUACACACAUAGGAAAGCAUGUUUUAGAAUGGAGAUGAAUAAAUGAGAGCGUGCAAUAUUAGUAAUUCUUUGGUCCUUUGGAGCCAUAACCCGAUGGCACAGGCACUAUGAAUGUGUGAGCAGCACCCAACAAGACAAGCUCUUCUCCUUGUACAAACAGCAUCAGCCUUUUUUCUUCUGCUACAGUACACGUCUGUCCCCCAACGAGAGUGAAGUGAGUGCAGGUGCAAGAAACCUUUGUUUGGCCUGGGAGGAUGAUUUAAAUGACAUUUUUAUUUUCUUUAAAUAAAGAGGCACAUUAGAGGA